AUGGGAAACGUUAGAAAAUACGAUCGAGAUCUGACUAUACAGGCAGGCCACAUUGCGGAAGUUCAUAACGUUCCCAUGCGGGUGCUGAUACGGCCGAUUCCAUCUGUACUGGAUGAAGAGAAAGUGAGAUCGUUGAUGAAUACCAUUAUGGAUUCGACAACACGUGAUCGAGUUCCGCCCAUCGACGUCCUCUGGAUUACGGGUCGUCAAGGGGGGGAUUACUAUUACUCCUUUGGUGGUUGCCAUAGGUACGAGGCUUACAAACGAUUGGGACUCGAAACUAUUCCGUGUAAACUUUUCAAAUCAAAUGUCGCUGAUUUGAGAACGUAUCUGGGAGCGUCAACACCGGAUCUUCUGUGA